AUGCGAAGAAAAGAAGAGCCGUAUGCUGCUGACAUCACUGCCUCAGACAGAGAUCAGCACAACAAUGGAUCAACUCUGAGCAAUCAAAGUCAUACGGAAGGCAUCGGAUCCAACUCGUCCCAUCAAGAUCUACAAAAGAAAACUCCCAUUACCCGAUAUGUUCUGUAUUUUAUAAUUUACUCAGCGAUCUUUUGGGCGGUGUAUUGUGUGUACUUGUACAAGACGGAUGAAGCUUUUAAACAAAGUUUUGUAAGGUGGUACUUGAAAACAUUCCAUCAUAAGAAAUCCACAUCAAUUACUGAAGCUUCUUUGAUGCCACAAGCAUCGCAUUGUGUAGAUUUUACAACUUUUGGAUCCAAGUUACCUUUUAAAAAGAGUGGGGGCAAGUCCAGUACUGAUUAUUUUGUGUUCACUGAAGAAGAUUUAUCUCAUUAUAAUGGAGUGGGUGAGAACAAGAAAUUACCAUUGUUACUUGCCAUUGCUGGAAGAGUGUAUGAUGUUAGCGAAGGAAAAGAUUACUAUGGACCUGGAAGUGGCUAUAGCUUUUUUGCAGGUAGAGAUGGCACCAGAUCAUUUGUGACAGGAUGCUUUGAUGAAAAGAAAGAAGAGUGUACCAGUGUGCAAUCGAAAUAUUCUGAUUUGAAUGAAGAACAAAUUCAAUCCAUCAAAGAUUGGAUUAAAUUCUAUGACGAACAUGAAAAAUACAAGUUCGUGGGGUUUGUCGAGCUGAAAGACAAAUAA